AUGUUCCUCAGACCUGGCAUCUGUACGGUAUCACUCGGUCGCUCAGCUGCUGGCCACUCCCUCUCACACAAAUUAAUGGCAGCAAGCCAGCAUGGGUUCGAGGGAAUUGAUCUGUUGUAUGAAGAUUUACACGAUUUUGCUGAACAGAAAUAUGGCAGCAGCUGUCAAGACCACGAGCUACGUGCUGCUCAAGACAUCACCUUCCUCUGCCAGGAGCUCAAGCUCGAGAUUAUCUGUCUACAGCCCUUUAUGCAUUUCGGUGGUCGAAUCGACAGAGAGACACACCAGCAAGAUCUAGUACGCCUCCAGCAUUGGACUCAGCUUUGCCAGAUUUUGAAGACAGAUCUUAUUGUCUUUCCGAGCAGCUUUUUGUCAAAAGAAAAGUUGAGCACAGAUACAUCUACAGUUGUCAGCGAUAUGAUUGAUGCUGCGGACCUCGGGUCGAGCGCAUCGCCACCAAUACGAUUUGCGUUAGAAGCACUUUGCUGGGGCACGAAUAUCGACACUUGGGACGCUAGCUGGGAUGUCGUCCGUUAUGUCAACAAGCCCAAUUUUGGUAUUUGUCUGGAUACUUUCAACAUUGCUGGGCGUGUCUUUGCAGAUCCUACACAACCCAAUGGCUGCGUAGCUGAUGCUGUCCAGGCGCUGCAGCGCUCUCUACACAGGUUGAUGGGCACAGUGGAUAGCUCCAAAGUCUUCAUGGUACAGACGGCGGAUGCAGAGAAACUGUCUUCACCUCUUAACCCAUCUCAUCCAUUUCAUCACAAAGACCAACCUGCGCGAAUGAGCUGGUCAAGGAAUGCCAGGCUCUUUUACGGGGAGGAAAAGUGUGGCAGUUAUCUCCCGAUCCGUGCUAUCCACGAGGCAAUUGUGCACGGUCUAGGAUACAAAGGAUGGGUUAGCUUUGAGGUAUUCAAUAGAGCUCUGUUUGAUACGGACCCAGAGCUACCGGAUACUAUUGCAUCAAGGGCGUCCAAGUCGUGGACCAAGCUCAUAAGACAUGUGAAUCAGGAUGAAGACCGCAGUACUACGUCGCUGUUGUAA